AUGACCGCGGCAUUGCCGGCACGCAGCCUCGGGCACCACAACAUCAACCCCCACAUCAAGGCAGCCAAGUAUGCCGUCCGGGGAGAGCUUGCAGUCCGGUCGGAGGAGUACCGGGCCCGGCUCGCCAAGGUGGAGGGCAAUCACAUCGCGGCCGGCCUGCCGUUCAAGGAGGUGAUUUCGGCCAACAUUGGCAACCCGCAGCAGCUAGACCAGAAGCCAAUCACGUUCUUCCGGCAAGUGCUGAGCCUGCUAGAGAACCCGGCUCUGCUGGACCACCCGGAUGUGCUCAAAAGCACGUUUGGCUACAAGUCGGACGUCGUUGAGCGGGCGCGCUGGCUGCUGAAAAAUGUGGGCUCGGUGGGUGCAUACAGCGCCAGCAACGGCGCGCCAGCGAUCCGGCAGCACAUUGCCGACUUCCUGGAGCACCGCGACGGGUUCCCGGCCAACGAGGCGGACAUUUACCUGUCUGCAGGCGCGUCAUCGGGCGUCAACACGCUGCUGCACAUCAUCUGCGCGGGUCCGCACACUGGUGUGCUGGUGCCGAUCCCGCAGUAUCCGCUGUACACGGCAUCGCUAUCGGUGCUCAAUGCGCAGUGCGUGCCGUACUACCUGGACGAGAAGAAGAACUGGGCGACGGAUCUGGAUGCGAUCCGCGCGAGCCUGACGGAGGCACGCGCCGCAGGCACGGAUGUGCGGGCGAUCGUGGUGAUUAACCCGGGCAACCCGACGGGGGCGUCGCUGUCGGAGGCCGACGUGGCAGCUGUGAUUGAGCUGGCGCGGGCGGAGAAGCUGGUGAUUCUGGCCGACGAGGUGUACCAGACCAACGUGUUCGAGGGCCAAUUCCACUCGUUCAAGGCCGGUCUGCGACAGCUGCAGAAGCAGAACCCUGACGGCAAGUACGGCCACGUGGAGCUGGCGUCGCUGCACUCGGUGUCCAAGGGCAUGGUGGGCGAGUGUGGCCACCGUGGCGGCUACUUUGAGCUGGUGGGCUUCGACCCGGACGUGCAGGCAGAGAUCUACAAGUUUGUCAGCAUCACGCUGUGCGCGCCCGUUAUCGGCCAGUGUCUGGUGGAGCUGAUGGUCAACCCGCCGAAGCCGGGUGAUCCGAGCUUUGAGCUGUACGACAAGGAGUACCACAGCAUCUUUGACGGGCUGCGUGAGCGCGCUGUUGCGCUGCACCGGGCCUUUGACCAGAUGGAGGGCGUCGAGUGUGGCGCGCCGCAGGGCAGCAUGUACCUCUUCCCUACGAUCAAGGUGCCGGCCAAGGCGGCUGAAGCGGCUGCGGCCGAGGGCCGCACGGCCGACGAGUUCUACUGCCUCAAGAUGCUCGAGGCCACGGGCGUGUGCGUCGUGCCUGGCAGCGGGUUUGGCCAGGCUCCCGGCACCCUGCACUUCCGCACCACCUUCUUGGCUCCGGGAACCGAAUGGGUGGGCAAUCUGGUCAAGUUCCACAAGGACUUCAUGGAACAGUACAAAUGA